AUGGCGAAGAAAAUAGCAAAAUGGCGAGAUCGAGAACAAAAUGGCGAGAUUAAGAACAAAAUGGCGAAAAUUAGUUUAGUUAUUUUUUUAGUGAUAAGUUUGUGUGAUAGUGUCAGAUUUUAUGCGAAUCCUGCUUCCAGGAUAGAUCGAGAUGUCUACCACCAAACCACAGAUUUGUCCCAAUCAGCAGAAAUCAGAAACGAGGAAAAGUCACCCCAAUUUUGGUACAAAAAAGCAAAAGAACAACUCAAAAAACAUUUAGAACGUCAACCAAACACAAAUAUUGCCAAAAACAUCAUUUUGUUUUUGGGAGACGGAAUGUCCAUACCGACUUUAACAGCCGCCAGACUUCUUUUAGGGGAUGAAAAUAAACAAUUGUCUUUUGAGAAGUUUCCUUACACCGGAUUAUCAAAGACGUAUUGCGUGAAUGGACAAACCGCAGACAGCGCUUGCAGCGCCACCGCCUAUCUGUGCGGUGUCAAAGCGAACGAAGGCACGGUUGGUGUCAGUGCUAAUGUUAGUGAAAAAGAUUGCGAUGCUAUGAACCAGGAAAGGAACCAAGUUAGCUCUAUUGCUAAAUGGGCACAGGAUGCAGGAAAAGCCACAGGUAUCAUCACCACUACAAGAAUCACCCACGCCUCACCAUGUGCCAACUACGCCCACACAGCAUUCCGAGAUUGGGAAUCCGACACCGACGUCUUAAAUUCGACAGAAAAUCCCUUAAAAUGUCGAGACAUAGCCCACCAGCUGGAUCACCAGGAACCUGGUAAAAACUUCAAAGUCAUCCUGGGCGGAGGACGCGGUAAAUUCUUACCCAACAAUACUUACGAUGAGGAACAAGAACCUGGUCAAAGGAGCGAUGGUAGAAAUCUGAUCGAAGAAUGGAAAACCGAGAUGGGCAAAAAGGGUAAAAGUGAAUAUGUUUGGAACAAAGGGCGACUGGAUGCUGUGGAUGCUAACAAGACUGACUUUUUACUCGGGUUGUUCGAGAAUGAUCACUGCAAGUACCAUUUGGAUGUGGUCGAUGAGAAUUUGGAGAGCAAGGAGCCUAGUUUGAGCGAUAUGGUUGCAAAGGCUAUUGAUAUUUUGAGCAAGGAGGAGAAAGGAUUCUUUUUAUUCGUUGAAGGUGGCAGGAUCGAUCAUGCCCAUCACGAUACAAAACCACGCAAAGCCUUGGAUGAAACCAUAGAAUUAUCCAAAGCUGUGACUACAGCCCUUGAAAAAACAAACCAGAAAGACACUCUGAGUGUCACUGCCGAUCAUGCACAUACAAUGAGCAUGUCAGGAUUUCCAGUAAGUAUCAUCACCACUACAAGAAUCACCCACGCCUCACCAUGCGCCAACUACGCCCACACAGCAUUCCGAGAUUGGGAAUCCGACACCGACGUCUUAAAUUCGACAGAAAAUCCCUUAAAAUGCCGAGACAUAGCCCACCAGCUGAUCCACCAGGAUCCUGGUAAAAACUUCAAAGUCAUCCUGGGCGGAGGACGCCAAAAAUUCUUACCCAACAAUACUUACGAUGAGGAACAAGAACCUGGUCAAAGGAGCGAUGGUAGAAAUUUGAUCGAGGAAUGGAAAACCGAGAUGGGUAAAAAGGGUAAAAGUGAAUACGUUUGGAACAAAAAGCAACUGGAUGCUGUGGAUGCUGACAAGACUGACUUUUUACUCGGGUUGUUCGAGAAUAAUCACUGCAAGUACCAUUUGGAUGUGGUCGAUGGUAAUUUGGAGAGCAAGGAGCCUAGUUUGAGCGAUAUGGUUGCAAAGGCUAUUGAUGUUUUGAGCAAGGAUGAUAAUGGAUUCUUUUUGUUUGUAGAAGGUGGAAGGAUCGAUCAUGCUCAUCACGAUACAAAACCACGCAAAGCCUUGGAUGAAACCAUAGAAUUAUCAAAAGCUGUGACUACAGCCCUUGAAAAAACAAACCAGAAAGACACCCUUAUAGUUGUCACUGCCGAUCAUGCACAUACAAUGAGCAUGUCAGGAUUUCCAGAUCGAGGUAACGAUAUCUUCGGUGUGGCCAAAUUAGGCACCGACCGCCUCCCAAUAGCAACCCUGACCUACGCCAAUGGCCCAGGUUACGAAAUGCACGUCAAUAAAUUUGGGGGUCGCAAAAACUAUUUGGAGGCUAUCGACACCAAAGACAAAGAUUAUUUGGCACCGGCUUUGGCACCCUUGGUGGAAGAGACUCAUGGGGGAGAUGAUGUGGCAGUUUUCGCAAAUGGCCCUUGGGCCCAUUUGUUUACAGGAAAUUAUGAACAGAAUGUGAUACCGCAUAUGAUGGCGUAUGCGGCUAAUAUUGGCAGAAAUGAUUUGUAG